GAAAAGAACAUCUUAGCCCCUGUUCAUCUCUCCGGUAAUGCUUUAUCCCUUUAAGCUAAGACAUUAUCUUCAAAAGGACUCCUGGUGGGAGAGAAGGGGUGUGUUAAGCCAGCUACAUUCAGUUCAACUCACCUGGGUUCCAGGUAUAAGUAGGCAACAUAAAUCAGACAAGGAGACUGACCCCCGCUCAGUCCAAGGAGAGCAUCACGUGGAUUGGAUAGUCAGAUUCAAUGGCUGGUGCCUAGCAGAGCAUAGGGCCUUGUGGGAGCGGGACUCAGAACAGGUUAGUUUUGAAGUGUGGGAGGUGAACACUCCCUAACUAGUACCUGCCCAAAGAAGGAACGAGCUUUUGAAGGGGAGGUGGGCAAAAGAUACACUUGACCAACUUCCUGCUGUCCUGCCAGAACCAAUUGGCAUUCCUUGACUGCCUCUGCUCUCCCUCCAGAUGUGCCCCAGAGCUGGCCCUCCUGCCUCUGCCACGGUCUCAUCAGCUUCCUGGGGUUCUUGCUGCUGCUGCUUACCUUCCCCAUUUCUGGAUGGUUUGCCCUGAAGUGUAUUAUUCCACCUCUGUGAAAUGAGCUGGGCAAGGAUUGUUCAUGCCCAUCUUCCAGAUGAGAAAGCAGAGGCUCAGACUUGUCCAAAGUCGCCCAAUUGUGCCCACCUAUGAGCGGAUGAUCGUGUUCCGGCUGGGCCGGAUCCGCACCCCCCAGGGGCCUGGCAUGGUCCUGCUCCUGCCCUUCAUUGACUCCUUUCAGAGAGUGGAUCUGAGGACGAGAGCCUUCAACGUCCCUCCCUGCAAGCUGGCGUCUAAGGACGGGGCUGUGCUGUCUGUAGGGGCUGAUGUCCAGUUCCGCAUCUGGGACCCAAUGCUGUCGGUGAUGACUGUGAAGGACCUGAACACAGCCGCGCGCAUGACAGCCCAGAACGCCAUGACCAAGGCCCUGCUCAAGAGGCCAUUGCGGGAGAUCCAGCUGGAGAAGCUCAAGAUCAGCGACCAGCUCCUGCUGGAGAUCAACGACGUGACCAGGGCCUGGGGGCUGGAGGUGGACCGCGUGGAGCUGGCAGUCGAGGCUGUGCUCCAGCCGCCCCAGGACAGCCCGGCCGGGUCCAGCCUGGACAGCACCCUCCAGCAGCUGGCCCUUCACUUCCUGGGAGGAGGCAUGUCCUCAGUGGCAGGAGGUGCCCUGCCCCCGGGGCCAGCAGACACCUUGGAGAUGGUGAGUGAAGUUGAGCUGCCUGCCCCCAAUGUCAGCGCUGGGCCCAGCCUGAAGCAGCCUGUGGCUGAGGAGCUGCUGACUGCUCUGCAGCCCUUCCUGUCUGAGGCCUUGGUCAGCCAGGUCGGAGCCUGCUACCAGUUCAAUGUCAUCAUGCCCAGUGGCACCCAGAACAUUUACUUCCUGGACCUCACCACAGGGCGAGGGAGAGUGGGACGUGGGGUGCCUGAUGGCAUCCCUGACGUGCUGGUGGAGAUGACCGAGGCGGACCUGCGGGCCCUGCUUUGUAGGGAGCUACGGCCCCUGGGGGCCUACAUGAGCGGGCGGCUGAAGGUGAAGGGUGACCUGGCCGUGGCCAUGAAGCUGGAGGCUGUCCUCAGGGCCCUGAAGUAGCAGCAGCCUCAGCUGACCACCUGUAGCCCAGCCUCGAGCUUGGUGCCAAGCCAGGAAGGCCUCUUGGAGGAGGAGGCAGCACUGUUGAUGCACCUUGGAGAAUUGAGGCUCUCUGGCAUUUCAGGCCCAGCUGGGGCCAAUGGACAGAGGCUGGCAGACAGCGGAGGCCGAGAGAGGCCAAACCAGGCUGUCUUGCCCUUCUCGCCUGCAACACUGGUUCCCUGGACAAGCCUUUGCCCAUCCCCUGAGCUGGGUACAUAGUGUGGAUGGGCCUGCCCUGCUCUGCUGCCUACCUGGCUGGGAAGCCAGGACCACAGAAACAGCCUGGCAGCAGCUGCUUUAGCCUUGAGCGAGGGGCCAGACUGUGUGGCUCAGGCUCGGAAUGCUGGGGGAGCUCAGAAGGAGGGGUGCAGAAAGGGUUGGGGGAGGGAGAAGCCAGGCAGCCACCGAGAAGCACUCACUACAGCGGAGGCACCUGGGGAUCCGGGCUGGGCCCGCCUUCCUGGGUGCAGCCCAGGCCCAGGCUAGUUGGAGGGUGGGGAUGGGAGAGAGCAGGGCCUGCUCCUCCCCUGGCCCUGCUCCUGAGGAUAACCUGAUUCAUGUACCGGCCGUCUUGCAUGCGUGAUGGGCCGGGACCCAGGGCAGCAUGAAGGGAAGCCCUGCUGUUCCCGUGCUUCUAGCCAGAGGCCUGAAAACCUCCAAAAGAAAUAAAUGUGUUUACAAUCAGAAAACCUCCAAAAGAAAUAAAUGUGUUUACAAUCAGAAGAGAGAAGGAGUGGAGACUGGAUGUAGUGGGAGUAGCCUAGGAGGGUCCAUGAGGCAAUGCCCCUACUGCUGGGCCAGGGCCACGGGGGUCCAGAUACCCCUGCUGUGCCCUUCUUUGCUGAGUGACUCCAAGUGUUGACUCCUCCCACAGGCAGGAGGGUGGGACAGGGGGUCACUCUGUUAUCCCUCUUUAUGGUGGAGGUACAGGUUUACUAGGAGAGAGGGGCAUGGGCAGGUCAAAACUGGGCCCCCAAACACCUGGACCUAAUGAGGGGUAGGGCGGGGGGCUCAUCACCUUAAGGAGAGGGGCUGGGCUGCAAUCAUCCUCUCCUGGGCCACCCAGGGUCACUGCUUGUUUCUCCACUGGCUGAAGGGGUGCACACAGAUAGACGUUGAGGCCUGGCCCCAGGGGCCCAGUGGGUUUCUCUUCAGUGCCCCAGCCCCAGAGGCCCCAGAGAUGGGCCUCCGACUUCUCUAGUCCUGAGAAAUGAAGCUUACUUCCUGGAGAGUGUUACGGAAAAAAACAGACAAAAAUCAGAGCUAAAUGAGUGUCUCCUUUGAGGAACAAGCUCAGCUUGUCCUCUGGAAUCAGGCCUGGCCCUCCCAGGGCGUGCUCCCUCUUUGUCCAGGUCAGGCUGGUCCAGCUUGCCCCUCUGCUCCAGCCAUUGCCUGGCACUGCGUUUUCCCUCCUCCUGUGUGUCUCCACAGUGCCUGAGGCACCUCCCUAAGGCCCAGCGCAGACCUCACAGCCAUGGGGAUUCAGGCUUUAGCUCUAGGGCGCCCUCUCCCCAAGCCUGGAACAUCUACAGGUGUUUCCGGGCCCUGAAACUUUCCAGCUGGGGUUGUCUGUGCCCUCUAACCCUUACUGGCCCCUUUCAGCUGGGACUAAGUCUUCCCUCCAAUCCCCAGCAGCCACACUCCCAUGCCCCUUGAGGUCCCGUGGGGAUGGCAGUGCUUGGUCCCUAGGUGUUCCUAAUGUUUGUGCCUGCCUUCCCUGAGGGACCAUGAACCGCGUGAGUGAGCGAUUCAUGUAUUCCGUCAUCCCUAUUGCACACAGCAGGCACAGCGUUAACAGGAAGCCCCGCAGAUCCUCACCAUGACAGCCGUGCCUUUGCCGUGCCUUUGCCAGAAGAUAGCACUUACCCCUCCAGGCUGAGCCAGGGGAGACAGGAAUGAUGAGAUCAAAACCUAGGGGAAACUGAAACUGCUGAGUUUCUCUGUGGGUUUGAGAAGAGCAACGUAACAUUUACGGGAAACUGAAACUUUUCUGGAUAUUUGUGUGGGUGGUGGCACAGCGGUUAAGCGUUUGGCUGCUACACAAAAAAAAGGUCAACAGUUUGAAUCUGCUAGCUGCUCCUUGCAAUCCCUAUGGGGCAGUUCUGCUCUGUCCUACAGGGGAUCGACUCGAAGGCAAUGGGUUUAGUUUUGGUUUGGUGUGGGUGGAGGACAGGACCUACCCAACCAACAUGGGGUGAGGAGGGUGUGGGAGAGAGUUCAUUUCUUGGCCAGGGCAACACUACAGGGGAAAGGAGUGCAUAGGCUCAAGGACCCUGGGCUAUGGAGGAUUAAGCAAACCUUGGAGUCCACAAAGGGUGAGGACUGCCAUGGAGGAAGGGAGCAUGAGGGUUAUGUCAAUCACAGGAGUCUUCCUGGAGGAGGUGAUGCCUGAGACUUGAGGCUAAGUGGGCCA